AUGGACGAUCCCUCAGGCUGGUCAUUGACCGAAUCUGAUCCACAGGUCUUCACUCAAUUAUUGAAAGACUUAGGUGUCAAAGGUUUACAAGUAGACGAUUUAUAUUCACUUGACGAAGCGACGUUAUCGACUCUAAAACCUAUCCACGCAUUAAUAUUCUUAUUCAAGUAUGUCGAACCUUCAGCAAAUGAUGCGGAAGGAAGUAGUGGAGUAGAGGUUGAUCCCUUAGAUAAUGGAGUGUGGUUUGCUAACCAAGUCAUAAACAAUUCUUGUGGAACAGUAGCCGCUCUUAACGCUGUAAUGAACAUCCAACCAGAACCUUCACAAUUUGAUGGCGAGUCAAUAGAGCUUGGUGAAGAGUUAGGCAAUCUGAGAGAAUUCGGAACCGGGAUGGAAUCGUCAGACAUAGGAUAUCUCGUCUCUUCAUCACCCACAAUCCGAGAAGUUCAUAAUUCGUUCUCGAAGUCAUCACCAUUUUCAAUGGAUCCAUCUGCGUUCCCCGAAAGAGAAAAAGAAGACGCAUAUCAUUUUAUAGCUUACUUACCUGUCAAUGGGAUAUUAUAUGAACUAGAUGGUUUAAGGAAAAAUCCAAUCAUGCAUGCUCCGAUAGAAGGUGAUUGGUUGGAAAAUGCGAGGGAAACUAUCGAAGGUAGAAUUGGGACUUAUCCAUCUGGAUCUUUGAUGUUCAACCUCUUAUGUAUUCGCUCGACACCCCUACCUAGACUUCAAAGAUUACUGAACGAUCCUUCAACACCUGCUCAAGAGAAAUACCAGAUUCAAGAUCAACUAGAACACGAACUGAAUAAAACGAAAAGAGGUCAAAUGGAAAAUACACUGAGAAGGAAUAAUCUUUUACCUGUAGUGUUCCAGCUUUUCAAAGCAUUAGGAGAGAGUGGUCUAGCAAAUAAAGCAGUUGAGGAUGCACGGGCAAAAGGCAAAGAGAGAAAAGAAAGAAGAGCUGCCAAGGGAGACAUUGAGGAAGACUGA